UAACACCUACCCUACCCAAAUUCAUGGCAUCCCGGCAAGCCUCAUCAGCAGUAACAUCAUCUUCCUCCUCUGGUUCUCAUCCCACAACAUCUGAAACUACAACACAAGAAUACAAUCCAAUUAAAAAUUUUCCUUCAACUCCAAAAUUGCCAAAUAAGAAGAAGGCGGCAGAAAGUCUGGGAACUUCAGUGGCUGUAGUGAAAGAUAUUGUAAAAAGUUCAGAGAAAGGUUCACACUCCACCACCAAUGACAUGGAGACUCAAAACAAUGAAAAAAAUUCUUUUGACCUUCUGUUUAGUGAAGAUCUUGAAAUAGGCAAAGAUAUAUGGAGUGAAGAUGUUGAUAAAGGCAAAGAUAUAUUGAGUGAAGAUGAUGAUAAAGACAAAGAUGAAGUCACAUAUGAUGGUAGUGGUGAAAGGUUGGAGACACAGGAUGAUCAAAUGGAUCUUAACAGGACAUGGGAAAUGACAAAUAUAAAUCCAGCACAAAAUGAAGAAUUGAUACAAGCUAUAACUGGAAUAAUUAAGGGUGCCUCAUCAAUAGUGCCAGAGUCAACUUGCAAAGAUAUUGCCAAUCACCUUGUGGUCAAUAUAGCUUUAGAGGAUGUCAGUGACCUUGCUAUUGUAGAGCCCGCCUGGUUGUCAACUUUCAAUCUAAAACCUGGACCUUUAAAGAAAAUAAUGAUUGCGUUUAGUGGGGAAGACAAGAAGCAGCCAGAGAAACCAAAGGAAAAGCCCAAUGUAAAAAAAGGGAAGGACAAAUCUCUUAUGAGAACACAACCUGCUUUAGAUAACCCAAUUCCAUCUCGCCCAGCCCUGAGCGACAAGAUCUCUACAACUGAUGUUAAAAAAAUGGGCUUUGACUUUCCUAUUGCAUGGGGAAAUAUGAAAAAUAGUCUCUUGACUAGCCUAGAAAAAGAACAAGUUCCAUCGAAAGAAGAUCGGGAGAGUAUGGUUUUAACCAUAUCAAAAGAUUUGAUGGCAGCUUAUGAGGCUCUGAAGAAAAGAGACCCAUCAGUUACGCAGAAGCACCCCGGGCGACCGAGAUACAAGGAAAUUGUCAGAGUUAUAUUUAAGGAUUUUAAGAAGUGCUUUCAAGAUACAUUGAAUGAGGAAGUAGUGGGGGAUGGUGAUUUUACACUGAUAGACCAAAUUGAAACAUGUGUAGAAAACAUAUAUCGUACAUCCUCAGUAAAUAAGUCUAAUGCAACUGAGAGAGCUAAAGGCCUCCGUGCUGCAUCAUGUAUUCUGCCCCACAAGUACUGUCCUCCUAUGACUAAAGCAGAGAAAAAGGCAGCAGAAGAAACUCGCCUCCAGCUUUUGAUCCUUUUUAAAGGUCCCAAAUCUGAGUGGGAUUGGAAUAACAUAAAAUCAAAACUGCUGGCAUCCCUACCUGCUCAACGCGCUAUCUUGACUUCACCAAAAAGAACGAUUGAUGAUGUGACUGAAAAGUGGCCAUUCCUUUUUGAGUAUCAGGGCUCUCUUUGUCAUUUAAAUGCUAUCACUGGGGUGGAUGUCUUAGAAAAUUUUCAAGACUUUGUUAAAGACAAGCUUGAUGACUUGAUAUCAUACCUCACUUUGGAAUCACCCCAGCGAAAGAAAAAUGUUAAAAUUAAUAGAGCUGUAGUAAUGGUUCCUGAAGCACAACACACACUCUUACUUGCAGCGGUAAAAAUGUUGGUCAACCACUUCGAUGAAAACCUCAGUGACAUACUGUUAACUGCCGAAGAAACUCUUCUCCCUCAUGAAGUGGCUGAUGAAUUGGCAGAUUUACCUGCAACUCCCUGUAUUGUCGCCUUAGAAGACUCUCCCUUCAAGGCUAAAACUUUCUAUCUGUGCGUGGAGAAGACCUGCAUCAAUGCCUCUUUAACGAAUGGCCUAGAGGCAUUAGUGGCAUUGUGUGCUGUAUUCUUCAAUUUUGGGUUGCUCUACCCUCCAAAGGCCAGCACCACAAUGUCUUACAUUGAAAGCCAAAUGGCAAAUCUUUGUGACGGCAAGGGAAUCCGCAAGGCCCAAACGGAAGGAGGUAUAGUCAGUCGCCUUGCAUACACCAAAUUGAAGGAGCUUGUAAAUUCUGUACAAGAACAUUCUAAAGAAAUGUUAGGAGAUGAUUAGACCAAAAUCAAUUAUCAAUUAUCAAAUAUCAAAAAGUAACAUCAAAUAUGAGCCUGUUUGGGUAUGUGUAAACUUGUUCACUAUUUAAAAAGUA